AUGCCAUCUGAAAACUUAUCAAAACUCGGUGAAAAUAACUAUUAUGAGUGGAGAAUGUUGAUAGAAGCUGUGCUGAUUCGGAGAGGUUUGAUGGAUUAUGUUGAUGGCUCAAAGACAAUGCCACUCGGCAGUCCAAACUCCAAGGCUGUGAAAGACUUUUUGAAGAAACAAGCUGAAGCUCACACAGAGAUUGUACUUCAGGUUGAAACUUCUCAACUCUCCCAUGUUCGAGAUUGUAACCCCACUGUCAUAUGGAAGAACCUUGAAACUGUUCACUGGACUUGUGGAUCUGCCACUUGCCAAAAGUUUCUCACACUCAAGAAAGCCGAUGACAUAAGCAUACAGGCAUGGAUUGCACAAGUGUGCCGCACUGCAUUCUAA